CCAACGUGCGUUCCAUUAGUGUCUAAAGUCUAAACAUUGUAUAAAGAUUUGAUCAUUAGUCUAAAUACUCAUUCCAACCCGAGAAAAAGUUUUCGUUAUUUUUUCUCUUUCGUAAUAUGGCAACACCACCGUUAACCCCAAGGAUGCUAACACCAACAACACUAUCACCUCUCGGCAGCCCACGCGCCAAAAAAUCAACCGCCACCGUAAUGCCUGAGAUCACACUCGAGCAGCCCUCGAGCAAGACCAGCAAAUCCCCCGGCUCCAAAUCAACAAAACUCUUCCGCCGCGUCCGCUCCGCCUUCCGCUCCCUCCCGAUCAUGUCCCCCAUGUGCAAACUCCCCAUGGGCGGCGCGCGUCUCCACGAGAACCACGUCCACGGGGGGACGCGCGUCACGGGGACGCUCUUCGGGUACCGCAAAACGCGCGUGAACCUGGCGGUCCAGGAGAAUCCUCGCUCCCUCCCGAUCCUACUCCUGGAGCUGGCCAUCCCCACGGGGAAGCUGCUCCAGGAUCUUGGCGUUGGACUCGUGAGGAUCGCGCUAGAGUGCGAGAAGAAGCCGAGCGAGAAGACGAAGAUUGUUGACGAGCCGAUAUGGGCGUUGUACUGUAACGGGAAGAAGUCCGGGUAUGGGGUGAAGAGGGAGCCCACGGAGGAGGAUUUGGUUGUGAUGCAGAUGCUUCAUGCUGUUUCGAUGGGAGCUGGUGUGUUGCCGGUGACGAGCGGAGGAGGAGGGGGAGGGGGAGGAGAAGGAGAUUUGACUUAUAUGAGAGCGCAUUUUGAGAGAGUGAUUGGGUCGAGAGACUCGGAGACUUAUUACAUGAUGAAUCCUGAUGGUAACAGUGGUCCUGAGCUAAGUAUUUUCUUCGUUCGGGUUUAA